AUGGCUAUUAUAGAUAUAUGCUACCGCUUUAGAAGUGCGAGCUGUUUAAUUGCUGAUGUUGCUGCACAACUCCAUCAUAGAGUUCAGGGAAAGUGUUUCUUUAACUCAUGGACAAAAGCGCGAGUAAACGGUCAUGGUUCUGCAUCGACGGUUAUGUACUGGGUACAUGAAAAAUAUGAGCAAGAUAGAUGA